AUGUCUGGAGGGGAGGUUGACGGCGGGGGCACAGGUUGGAGUCGGGUGCAGAGGCCGGCAGCGGCUGCACAGAUGCGUCGUCGACGGCGGCGGCAGAGAGACGGGGGCGCGGGGUCGGGGACGAGCUCGGAGCUCCUUUCCGGCUGUGGGGAGGCAGAGGGAGGAGGUAGGGACCUCGUUUCCGGCGGCAGAGGAUUCGAGGAGGGCGAUUCCGUACGCACCUAG